CUACCAUCGACUCUUCCAGCUACUUCUGCCGCUGCCAUGGCGCGUGGUCCCGUUGUGGUUUUCCUUGGGCUGCUUGUUCCAGCUGUUGCGGAGGCUGAGACACCCAGCUGGACCCUGGGUGACGAUGAAUGUCAAUCUGGUGGACCUUGCGCGCUGGACGCCCUACAACGGCGAGGGCUCAUGCGCAGUGAUGAUGCAUGGAAAGAGGUGAUGGCUGCUCUCGUUCCUCAGAUUCAGAACCUGGUCUUUCAGGACAACGAGUUGAAUGUGGCCAAAGAGAUGAGAAAAGCAAUGAAGGGAACCUGUUUGACCUUGGAUGAGUAUCGAGCCAGUGACAGGCCCUUUAGCGAUCACUGGCAGUGUGGCUCUGAGGGCUUCAACAACUUUGGAGAUGCAGCUUACAUCCCCAGCGAGCGCGUCAUUGAUGGGCUCUCUCAGUUUGCAGGCCUUCCCCUGAAGACCCUCGCCAAGUUUCAUCUCCACUCCAACAAUGACAGCGAAGCAUUGUAUGGAAAGUGGUGCGGUAUGCCAGCGCCUCCUGAGUAUGAAGAUGCUCUUACGGGACGACCCGUGGGUGCACGUGCCUUUUGGGAGGAAUGCGUGAUGCGGAACGCGGGCUACUUCAAUGCUUUGAUUUGUGACACCAACGAUUCCUAUGCUGUUCUGGGAAUCGCUGCUUUGAAUCAUGGCGUUUGUUAUCCAGCUCAUGUGCACGACAACCAGGAAGCGUAUUGGCAGAUCCGUGGGCCUGGCUGGUGGAGGACUUGGCCGCAGAACUUCACCAAGGCGCCCAACGAGUGGCCUUGGUCGGAGAUUCGCAUGACAAAGCCUCAAGGGCCAUGGCAGCUUCACAAUCAUCCAGGCGGCUUGGUGCACGAAAUGGACACCACCUCUGAUGAUGACUUUCUGCUGACGGUCUACUGGUGGGGCAAACCCGUGGAUACCGAAGUGAACUACGCUUACAGCCACGCUGUUCAAGAGCAAGGUUCAUGCUUCCGACGCUAUCGGGCUGAGCACAACGAUGCAGCUCACAGCUGUCCAAAUAUGAUGCGACCUCCCUGGGCGGUCUUCAGGUCCGAGGUUUAAAGAUCUAACCCGGUUUCUGGUGGCUUCGCUGUGGAGAAGAUAUCUGUUGGACGAAGUCAUUGAAGACCUCAAUCCUGGUCUGGUCGAUUGCGAUGAAAUCGCACCCUCGAGCAGACUUUUGGAGGCCAAGUCAAUGAACUUCGGCCGAGUCAAUUGGAUUUCUGUCAACACUAGUUGAAAAAGUGACGGCUGUCCGAAAACAAUGAAACCUGAUAGGCUGGUAUGGCAUAAAACGCAUCCGUUUGUAAAGCACUGGAAUAUUUGUGAGUUUGCAGAUCAUUUGGGCUUGCAGAAGAAGACCUGUUUCUUUUGAUGGCA